UUUAGGCCCCAUCCUUACAUCUUUUUCAACCAUGACCAUAACAGCAUGACUUUUCUGGGAUUUCUACUCAGCCAUAAUGGUGACUUGCUUGUUCCCGGAACCAAUGAAAUUUUAGAACAAAGAUUGAUGGACGCUGCAUUAAGAGCACAACUUAAAUGUCAAGGAGUUGAUUUUGAUGUAAACUACGAGGAACGUGACAGGUUUGUGUCAAUACGUAAUCUAAUCUGUUUUAUAUUUUCUCGCAGAUUCGUAUGAUUGCAAGGAAAACAUUUAUUUGGGGGGAAAUGGACUAGAAUUCAUAUGUUUUUCUUCCAAUCAAAUAUGAAAGUCAUUAUUAUACCCAAUUCGUAUAACAUAUAUAGUAUGUCAGACGAUUUCCUUGAAAUUGCAAAGGACGUUCUCGAAGAGCAUCGUUUAGUGAUGGCUAAUGCAUUCCUUUUAAAAAAUAUUUAUUAAUUAACUGAAAUUACUUACUUUUAUUUUUUAUGGUUAUUUUUUCCAUUAAAGACCGUCACGUAUUGCGAACUUAUGCAGUGUCAUGGGAGUUAACCAUAUGUUUGAUCCAGACCCCACAUAUGAACUCACCACAGAUAAUGUUAAAAAGAUAUUGGCAAUCCACAUGCGAUUCAGGUUAGUUUGAAGAUUUUUUGCAUGCAUGAGUGAGCGUUUUUAAAUAUUUAGCAAUGAAUAUUUUAACUACUUAUUUCAAUGAAACAUUUCGAUUUUGCUAAUUGUAUAAUCUACCUGUUUUUGCGACAUUUGUGUACAUUAGACAUGUUUAUCUACUCUGGUCUGAAUGAAUAAAUUGCAUCUUGUUUGAUCUUAACAAGAUCCUCAGGCUUUGCGAAUGAUGAUACAGUAUAACGUCAAAACGGGUUUUGUGGUGACCUUAAUUAUAUGUAAUUACAUACAUUACUUCACCAUUAUCAUUCGAUCACCGUAAUUGGUUCUCUAACAUAUUGUCUUUGAAUAAAUCAAUAAAACUGACGAAUAAAUCUAUAUUAGCUAGGUCGUAAUUUCUAUCUGUUAACUGGAGAGAACGAAACAAUAUUAUCUUCAUACCUAAUUUACUAAGAUUGAGAUAUAUAGUAGUUAAAGGUAUAUUUUUAUUUCAAAAAGGUGUGGCAUACCAGUAAUUAUCAUGGGGGAGACAGGAUGUGGCAAGACUCGUCUUAUUAGAUUCAUGUGUGAACUUCAAGCUGGACCUGAUGGGCCGAAAAAUUUGGUACUCAUGAAGGUUUGGAGAGUUUUGAUUACUUUUUAAGCGCCUUAGUUCUUGCUAAAUUCACCAGAUUGGAAUUUCAUUUGAAUUUGUUCAAUGUUGCUGUUGAUAUCAAAAUUUAUAAACAUGGGAACUUCAUUGUUUCUUCCUACUUUAUCUGACUCACUAGUCAUAAAUGGGGCCUGUUCAUAUGACCCAGCUAGGCGGGAGACGACAUUUUCCAAUAUUGCUGAUAUACAAUUUUGCUACUAUUCUGCUUAUAAGCGCGGGGUAGAAGUUUACCAUAUACAGUAUACACUCUAUCCCAGACAGACAAUGCGAGUUUGCCUUCAAGCAUUUGUCCCGCAUAGCCCAGAUUAUGUAAACUGAUCCCGGAACUGCAAUUGGAACAUUUUAGGACAUAUACUAAAUUGCACAUUAUCAGAAUACCUGUGCACAAAGUUAAUAUUUUACAGUAUUUGUCAUAUUAUGACAAUGUCAAAUCCUUGUUAAGCCCCCAGCGACCUCAUAAAUAAGCCCCCUUCCCCCAAUCUUUCUGAAAAUUACCCCCCUCCCUUUUAAGGGUUGUGAAUAUGGGCAGCAAACGUGGCUAUAUACAUUUCGUUUCAGGGCUAUUUUGACAUUUGCCUCGCGGGAGUCAGGCUAACCUGGCAAGUUCUGGCAAGAAAUUUGUGUGAAAUGCUUGUUAGGUUGGCAACAGCUUCAGAAGGCUUAGAUUCGUGGAUUUCGUACUCGUUUGGGCUAAAUCGUGUAUUAUAACAUGAUUUUCAGCCCAGUGAGUUGGUUGGCCAACUUAUGCAAUUUAUGACCUUUAGUGCAUGUGAGACUCUGGGGGGAUAGCCUCGCUCACGAUAGAGGCUGGGCCAGUCAAUUCAACCAGCCUGGUUCAUGUGAAUGCGAUCUCAAAAAUAGGAGCAAAAUUUAUAUACAUGCAGUAUAAGGCAUGCAGUAUCUCACCACUGGCAGGUAUAUAUUGGUGAACUGUCUGUGCCAGUGUAGGAGUGCCAAUAUAAAUAACAAGCCUUCGUUGAUACGGAUGAAACUACCUGAAAAAUGUAAGGAGAAUUUCGACAUUUUAAGCGAAAGCCCGUCGCUCGAAAUUCACUUUAUAUUUUUCAGGUAGUUGCAUCCCUACCAACAAAAGCUUGUUAUAUAGGUAUAUAUUAGGUCCAAAACUGGCUCGGCAGCUUACAUCGUACUACAGUACCUGGUUGAGUUUUGUUUGAUCUAGCCUGGGCAGGAUGUAUGCACGCAGGCAAGUUCGUGUUGCCUGUCCGGGAUAAAGUGUUUACUGUAUGCAUGUGAUGGAUUUUUUGCUUGCCUAGCCGGGAUUCUGGCAAGGAAUGUCUCGCAUUUAGACAGGAUAGUAGCAGGAUCGUAUAUAAGCAAUAUUGGCAAAUGUCGUCUCACGUCAUACGAACAAGCCCCCCAUUGUGACCAGUGAGAAAACAAAAAAAAAAUUUAGUAAAGUGAGAAACAUAAAGUAAGAAACAAUGAAGUGCCCAUGUGCAUAAAUUUUGAUAUCUGAACAGCAAUAUUAAACAAUGUCAUUCUGUCCAAAAAUCAUCCAUCUUCUUAAGUUAGAACUCCGUUAUCAAUGAAUAUGUUUUCAUUCAAAGUUUAAAAACAAUGAAAACAAGUUUUGAAUGUCAGAAGAAAACGAAGAAUAUUCACGUCCAGAAGUUGCAACACAAUGUUGACCCAUUAUCCUGUCGUUGACCAACUCAACGAGAAAUGAAAUGAUAUUAGCUAUUGAGCUUAUCAAUUAAAACAUACUUGCCAUAGGUUUGAAUUUUCGCACUCCGCCGUCCAAAUAUUUGAUGCAUGAGUUUCUUUUUGCCCAUUUAUACCAACAAAUCUAUUUCAGAACCAUCCACAGAGAUAUGAAAACCAACCAGUAGCAGCUGUGAAAAAUGCAACUAUAUAUAGACUUUCUGGCAGGAAUCAAACCUGCGGCCUGCAAUCCAGUGCAGCGCUCUAGGCUUACCCGAGCUAUAGAACCCAGUUGUCGAGCUUUAACUGCAAGUUCAUGUAUACUACGGUGAUACCAAUGUGUAAGGUAUGUGGGUAAAUAUUAGGGGUUUUGGCAUCUAACUAUUUCACUCAAGUGAGAUGCCCAAAAUUCUUAUAUUUACCCAUGAACGUGCGGUUAGAACUUGACAAUUAGACUGUGUAGCUCAGUUGGUUAGAUUACUGCACGAGAAUCGCAGGGCCGCAGGUUCGAUUCGUGCCAGAGAGCAUAUAAUUUUUGCAACUGUUCCUGGUUAAGUGGAAAUUUCACGCAUCUACAAAACCCUUUAACAUUCAAUUAUAAACAUCAAUGCCUAGCAUAAUAUGCGUAAAAGAGCCAUCACAAAAUUAAAUUAUGAAUUAUAGUUUUAUCAAGUCAGAUGACCAAAAUCCUAUAUUUAUGCUAUUUAAAAAAUAAAACUUUUUAAAACUUGAUUUCAUUGAUUUUUAUGCGCUAAUCCGUUCAGAGCUUACAAAUUUUAGAGGCUUUAUUUAAGUUUGUGCAAGGCAAAGUUUGAAGGUCCAUAUCUUCUCAAAUAUCUUCUCAACAAGUUAUGAAUAAAAAAAUCCGCUCAAGUAAUUUCAAGAGAAAUUUCUGAAUUAAUGUCAUGCAAAUUAAUGCCACUUGCAGAGAAGCUUUCAAGUGGCUCCAUAGAUGAAUGCGUUUUACGUAUUCUGAUAUAGCUUAGAGCCGAAAUAUAAACAAGUUUCCUGAUUGGCGGAAACGAAAUUCGUCCUUAUUUUAAUGAAAAUGUUUGGCUUAGAUACAUGGUGGAACCACUUAUACAGAGAUUGAAAAGAAAGUGGAAGAAGCAGAGAAAUAUGCUUCUUGCUAUGAGGGGAUAAAUGUUGAUACAAUUUUGUUCUUUGAUGAGGCCAAUACAACUGAUGCAGUUGAUCUUAUUAAAGAAAUUAUGGUCGACCGAAGAGUAAAUGGACGAGCUAUAAAUCCGAAACUAACGAGGCUUCAUUUUAUUGCUGCCUGUAAUCCAUACCGAAAGUAAGUUAAAGCGAUUAGAA